CUCAACAGUUAGUAGUCUGAUCUCGCAAUCUGCACAACCGGCAAACUCCAAACAACAAAAUUUUCAACAUGAAAUUCGUCAUUGUUUUCGUUGCUCUCUUCGCUUUGGCUUAUGCCGCACCAGCUGCUCCUGAAGCAGAAAUCGUUGAAUUGAGAUCUGAUGUUGAACCCGAGAAAUACAGCUUUGCCCUGAAGACCAGCGAUGGCACAUCCAAACAAGAAGAUGGUCAAUUGGUGAACAUUGGUGCUGAGGACGAACACAUUGUUGCCCGUGGCUCCUUCUCCUUUGUCGGUGAUGAUGGCGUGACCUACACUGUCAACUACAUCGCUGAUGAGAACGGUUUCCAACCCCAGGGUGCUCAUUUGCCCGUCGCCCCAGUGGCUUAAGUCAGCACUUGUUAACGGAGUGGGAU